AUGCUACCAACCCCAGACACAUCCCACGUUCCCUACGAACGGGUCUACGAGCCCGCCGAAGACUCGUACCUCCUCCUGGACACGCUCUCGUCCGAGACGGAGAAGACUUUCCUGCACGAGGCAUUCCCCGAUGCGGCACCCCUGGUGGUUGAGGUCGGUACUGGUUCCGGGGUCGUCAUCAGCUUCGUCCACGCCCACGCAGAGACGCUUUUCGGAAGCCGCCAAGUCCUCACCGCCGGCGUCGACAUGAACGCCUUUGCGUGCCGCGCGACUGUCGCCACCGCCGCAAAGGCGCAGCUCGACAACCCGGACUCGUACGGCAUGUAUCUUGGGUCUUGCAUGGGCGACCUCACGGCGCCCUGGCGCGACGGUGCCAUUGACGUCCUCAUCUUCAACCCGCCCUACGUGCCCACGCCCGAGAUGCCCGCCCGCCCGGAGGCCUUCACGGCCGACGACCUGGCCGACGUCGCGACGCCCUCGUUCGACGACGACUCGUACCUGCUGGCGCUGUCGUACGCCGGCGGUCGGGAUGGCAUGGAGACUACGGAUCGCCUUGUAGAGUCGCUGCCCCGCAUCCUCUCCCGCCGCGGCUGCGCCUACCUCCUCCUCUGCGCGCAGAACAAGCCCGACGAGGUAAAGCGGCGCAUCGAGGGGUUCGGGCCCGAGUGGCGGACUCUGAUGGCGGGCUCCAGCGGCAAGCAGGCCGGGUGGGAGAAGCUGCAGAUUGUAAGGAUUUGGCGCGACUUUGCCGCUGCGGAGUGA